CAUGAAAUCGGAUAUUCCCAGUCAGAGUUUGAAACAAGUUCCGAUAUGAUCACUAGAAUCCUUUCUUUCCUUUCCACUUUCAUCCUCUUGGUUUCAUCAUCUUCUUCCGAAUCAUUCUCUGAAAAAUUCAUCCAAUGCCUUUACCUGAAUUCACCCCCACAAAUUCCCAUCUCCGAAAUUGUAUACACCCCCAGAAAUUCUUCAUACACAUUCAUCCUUGAAUCCACCAUUGAAAACCUCAGAUUCUCUUCCCCGACAACCUCAAAGCCAUUGAUUAUAGUCACACCCCUCGUUGAUUCCCAUGCGCAGGCCACAGUCAUUUGUUGCAAACAACAUGGUCUGCAGGUCAGGAUCAGAAGCGGUGGCCAUGAUUACGAAGGCCUCUCGUACACUGCCGGCCUCCCAUUCAUCCUCCUUGAUCUUCAAUUGCUUCAUUCCAUUAGCGUUGAUGUAGAAGAAAACACCGCUUGGGUCGAGGCCGGAGCGACAUUAGGCGAAGUGUAUUAUGCGAUUGCAGAGAAAAGUUUAGUCCAUGGAUUUCCGGCAGGGCUUUGCCCGCUGGUUGGUGUUGGCGGGCAUUUCAGUGGAGGCGGCUUCGGCACCAUGUUGAGAAAAUAUGGCCUGGCUGCUGAUAAUAUUAUCGAUGCUCGUGUCGUCGAUGCUAAUGGAAGUAUUCUCGACAGAGAAUCCAUGGGAGAGGGUCUCUUUUGGUCCAUUCGAGGUGGCGGAGCCGCAAGUUUUGGUGUCGUUCUUUCAUGGAAAAUCAAGCUUGUUUAUGUUCCUCCCAUAGUCACAGUAUUCAACAUUGCCAAAACCUUAGACAAAAAUGCCACAAAACUUGUUCACAAGUGGCAAUAUGUUGCUCACAAACUUGACAAAAAUCUUUUUAUUAGACUUGUUAUAGAAGCUGCAAAGGUGACAUUUAACUCCAUGUUUCUUGGGAAAGCUGAUGAGCUCCUGGAGAUAAUGGAGGAUGGAUUUCCUGAAUUGGGUUUGAAGAGUAGUGAUUGCAUGGAGAUGGAUUGGAUAGGAUCCGUUAUUUAUUUUUCCAAGUACCCAAAUGGGACAACAAUUGAAGCACUGAAAGAGAGGACACCGCAGGAAAAGAUCUCCUUCAAGGGCACAUCAGAUUAUGUGAUGGAUCCCAUACCGGAAGAGGGGCUGGAGAAGCUAUGGAAAUGGUGUUUGGAAGAAGAGAAUUCGAUGUUGAUCAUGGACCCCUAUGGUGGUCGGAUGAGUGAGAUUUCAGAAUCUGAAAUCCCAUUUCCACACAGAAAGGGAAAUUUGUUUAACAUCCAAUAUGUGGUGUCUUGGGAUGAUGAUGGAAUUGUGGGAUCACAAAAGCACAUAGAUUGGAUAAGAAGGGUAUAUGAGCACAUGACUCCUUAUGUGUCUAAAAGUCCAAGGGCAGCAUAUCUAAAUUAUAGGGAUCUUGAUUUGGGUAGGAGUGUGUACAAUGACACAAGCUAUGCAGAAGCCGCAAGAUGGGGGGUCAAGUACUUUAAAGGUAAUUUUAGGAGGCUGGCAAUUGUGAAGGGUGAGAUUGAUCCACACAACUUCUUUGCAUUUGAGCAAAGCAUCCCACCUCUCAUUUCAAAUGAAGGGAUGAGGGAAAUAGAGUGACAAAGAGGGCAACUUGCAGUUGCUGACAUGAA